CCGUGAGAUCGAAGAGGCUUGAAUUGGAAUAAUGCUCCCGCGAUAGCAUCGACACUCACUUCACUUCACGCCUUCCUCCGCGCGUGAAAGUUGAACCGCUCAAGGAAAGAACCCCCACAAACAGACCUCCGAUGGAUGCAAAGGCAGCCUCGCCCAACCUCGUGCAGAAGCCGACCGACACCGUCCCCGUCGAGCCCACCGCUGCCACGAGCCAGGGUAUCGAAGCCCUCAAGGACAUCUCCUACGGCUCCUUCGCCGGCACAGUCGGCAAAAUCGUCGAGUACCCCUUCGACACGGUCAAAGUCCGCCUGCAAUCGCAACCCGAUCACCUCCCUCUUCGCUACACUGGACCGCUCGACUGCUUCCGACAGAGUAUUCAGCAAGGUGGUGUGCGCAAUCUAUACCGCGGCGUGAGCGCUCCCCUAUUCGGUGCCGCAGCGGAGACAGCGUGUCUGUUUUGGGCGUAUCGUCUGGCACAAGAUGUGUUGCGGGCAACAGUGUGGAAGGGACGUGAUAUCGAGGAGAAGUUACCGCUUGGAGCCUUGGUCAUGGCCGGAGCGAUGUCAGGCGGUGUGACUUCAUUGGUGCUCACGCCGAUUGAGCUGGUCAAGUGCCGCAUGCAAGCACCGCUGCAAACUUCGAUGGAUGCCACUCUCGGACCGCGAGUCGGACUGUCGUCAAAAUCCGUCAGCCCUUUUGCGGUGAUUGCGGAUGUACAUCGAAGAGAAGGUCUGCGAGGAUUCUGGCGAGGGCAGUUUGGGACAUUGCUUCGAGAGACGGGAGGCAGCGCGGCAUGGUUUGGAUGCUACGAGACCUUCUCGCUGAUGUUCAAGAAGCAACUGAAAGAUCCGCAGAACGACUCCUUACCGAUCUGGCAGCAAAUGGCCUCGGGAGCGGUCGCGGGCAUGGCGUACAACUUCCUCUUCUUCCCCGCGGAUACGAUCAAGAGUAAGAUUCAGACGGGAGAGUUGAACACAAGGUCGACAUUUGGAAACGUGGGCAAGGAGCUGUAUCGUGCGCAUGGGCUGAAGGGGUUGUAUCGAGGGUGUGGCAUCACCGUGGCGAGGAGUGCGCCUAGUUCGGCGCUCAUUUUCACGAUUUACGAAGGUUUGAGGACGAUGUUUGGAUGA